UCGAGCAGGGAGCAGCAGCAAGCGGCAACAUGUGCCAUGGAGAGCCUGGGACUGGGCAGCAGACGCAACAACCACAGCAACAACAGCAGCAGCAACAACAGCAGCGGCGGCCUGGGCAACAACAGCAGCAUCAACAACAGCAGCAGCGGCAGUGGCAACGCGAGCAGCCAUCACGGUCAUCCCCAUCAUCUGGCCAAGCUGCACGUGCACUCGCACUCGCACUCGCACACGCACACGCACACACACUCAAAGCUGAAGCACUCGCAUCCGCAUCAGCAUUCGCAUCCGCAUCAGCAUUCGCAUCAGCCCGCCAACCAAAAUUAUUACACGCAGCAACAGACGCAGCUGCAGCGGCUCAAGCAGCAGCAGAAGUUGCAGCAGCAGCAACAGCAGCAGCAGCAACAACAGCAGCAGCAACAGCAACAGCUAGAGGGCAUUCAUGGCCUGCGCAAAGGCUUGGGCCUGGCCAUGGGCGCUGGCGUUGGCGCCGGCGUGGGCAUGACCGCGCCUAAGCAGAACGCUGGCUGCCUGCAAUUCCCGCCGCCGCCGGAUUAUCCGCCGCCGGCUACGACUAGUCCGCUGCACAAAUCUGCUGGCAGCUCGCCGAUUGCCGUCGCGGCCAUUGUUAGCAGCAGCUUGGGCAGCUGCGUGGGCGUGGCCAGCGGCAUGGCCGUGAAUGGCAACGGGCGUCGCCAGCUGUUGCCGCGCUAUCCGGAUCCCGAUCCCGAUGCGAUCGAAAUCUGUAACGAGCAGCCGGACCUGACGCCGCAUCAUCAGCUCAAUCAGGUGAUUGGACGCCAGAGCAAGACGCUGGGCCGCGAUGGCAGCGAAACGGCUGCGGUCAAAUGGAAUGCACUGCAGCCGGCGAGCAGCCUGAAUCACAUGCAUCAUCAGCAGCACGAUUAUUCGUAUGCCUAUUACGAGCCGGGCGCCGCUAUGCGCCACUCGAAUGUGCCCAAGCCGGAGGGCGGAGGAGCAGCUGGCGGCGCUGCGGGCGCCAAUGCCAGCUGCUGUACAGCGGCACAGUCACAGGCUCAGGCUCAGGCUGGCCCGCCGCCGCCCAACUCCAUACGCGCGCUGCUCUCCAAGGGCAAGAAGAACAAGCAGCUGGUCUCGCCAGCCACGCUGCAAUCGUACCAGACGCGCUACCACAAACUGACCACGGCGAGCAGCCAAAGCGAGAACUUCUACGAGGAGAUCAAUGCGGCGGCCCUGCAAUCCUCAGCGGCCACGGGUAAGAAGCUGUCGCAGCCACAGCCACAGUUGCAGUCACAGCAGUUGGGCUGCAGCGUCGGUUCGCAUUCGGCGGGCUCGCUCAAUCAGACGCUGGUCGAGGAGGAGCUGCGUCGCGUGCAGCAUCGCCAUCACAAGAUACUCGGGGAGCUGAAUCUCAGCGUUGAGGCCAUGCUCAUGCCAGAAAGUCCGCCCAAAUGCAGUCCACCUGCUGUUGCUGCUGCUGCUUCUACUGCUGGCGGCAGCGGCACGCCCCCCAAGCCGAGUCCGACAGUGUGCGUAACGGCGACCAGUGGCCAGCCGGCAGUGCUGGCCAGGCUGACCUCCACCUCGGCGGACAAUAUCUGUGAUAGCAGCGAUGUGGCCGGCAUUGAGCAGCUGCUGGCGACGCUGAAAGGCACGCAUUCGCAUCCGCAUUCGCAUGCGCAUCCGCACACCGCCAUCACCAGCAGCACCAAUUGCGAUCUGGACAGCGGCUUCAGCGGCAGCAGCGGCGCCAGCUACAUUGGCAGCCUGCGGCUGAGCAAGACGCAUCACAUCAAGUGCGCCCGCCAAACGCCAACCGCAUCCGCUGCCUACGCUACCCAAAGCUGUCGCUCCUUUCAGCGUGCCACCGCCGCCGGCUAUGAUGAAGCGCAGAUUGCCGCAGUUGGCGGCGCUACCAAUUCCAGUUUUUUGGCGCGCGCCUCCUGCGGCCGCCGCAUCCUAAGCUGUGCUCGCAUACGCGCCGCCGAAGAUCCUGGACCCAGUGUGCCCACUGAGUCGAAGGCGCGCAGCUUCUGGAAUCGCAAGGGCUGGCGCAAAUUGCCCGGUUUCUCCACAUCGACCUCCAGCAUCAAUGACACGGGUCUCUCAGAUGAAAACAAACUGAACUCCAGCUCAUGGGAGGAUACUUUGGCGGAGCCGGAACAACAGACACAACAGUCGCAAUCGCAGUUGCAGACGCAGACGCAGACGCAGACGCAUCAAACAUCCUCGUUCAUCACAUCGCCAGGUCAGGGGAUCACAAGUCAGAAGGCGAGCGUGACCACAGCACAGCUGCACAGCGCCUUUAGUCGUCGGAUUGCUGAGCAGCAACAGCGCGCGAAGGGCUGCCAGAUCAGCCAGCAGGCAGACAGCGCCACAAUUGCCGGCGGAAGCUUCAGCGCCAACGGUGGCCAAGCUGCCGUUGGUGUUGGUGUCGGUGUUGGCAGCAGCGCAAGCAGCAGCAGCGAGCGGGACACAAAAUCACCGGGACGCGAACGCCGAGAGGCGCCCACAGCGAGCCACUCCGACGAGGAGAACUUUACAGAAGAGGAACAGACCAGCAGCAGCGUGAGUUCGUUAAGCGCCGGCAACCAACGCAAUUCCCAAUUGCGUUCCACCUUCAACAAGGCCAAGCAGCAUUUGUCGUUUGACAAAUGGCGCACGGCUGCCUCUACGAAUUCGUCCUCUAGCGCCAACGCAAACACUCACUCCUCCGCCCAGCCGCAGUGCAGUCAGAGCGCCAGUAACGGCAGCCGUGACAGCAACAUGAUUAUGCGAAGAGCUAGCGCUUGCACGAUGCCCACCAGCUCAGGGGCAUCGUCUCAGCGCGAGGAGAACACUGCACCCGGUGAAUCGCCGGGCGGACGUCUUUCGCGUUGGUUCUCCAUUCGACGUGGCUCCACACAUCAAUAUGAUGUGGGUGGACGCGAUGGUAGGCAGUCUACGGCCUCUAGUUUUGACAUACCGGACGCAUCUGGCGCAGCCACGCCAAAGCCAACCACAGCGACAGCGACGCUGGACGCCGCCUCGCCACAGAAGCUGGCCAAUCUGGGCGCCAGCAAAAUGAUGCCAGGCGUGCCUGAGUACGAGGAUGAUGAGAACUCUGCACCGGACAGCAGCCGCUUCGAUAUGGACCUGAUGAUACCGCCGGGCAGUCGGGCCAAUGGCACCGCACGCACCGCCCAUAGCCGGCUAAUAGUGCCAAUGCUGCCGCCGGCACCGCCCGGUCUAUCCCAGCAGCAGCUCAAGCGGCGCCACAUUGUGGCCGCCAUCGUUCACAGUGAGAACUCAUACGUGGCCACUUUACAACGUCUAGUCAAUGAUUACAAGAAGCCGCUGGAGGAGUGCAGUCCACCGGUGCUGAAUCCAGUGAAGAUCGCAACGCUAUUCCAUUGCUUGCCGGACAUUCUACACUCACACAAGCUGUUCCGUAUCUCUUUGUCGGAGUGUGUACGCAACUGGGAUCGGGAUGAGAAGAUCGGCGAUUGCUUUGUGAGCGCCUUUGGCAAGCCGCAAUUGUUGGAGAUAUACUCAGGCUUCAUCAACAACUUCUCGGCGGCCAUGGAACUUGCCAAAAUGGAGGAGAAGCGCAAAUCGGCGCUGGCUGAUUUCUUCAAGGUGAAGCAGAUCAGUGCCCACGAUCGGCUAUCCUUCUUUGGCCUGAUGGUGAAGCCCGUGCAGCGCUUUCCCCAGUUUAUACUCUUUCUGCAGGACCUGCUCAAGUACACGCCACAGGGUCACCACGAUCGCAUGUCUCUGCAGCUGGCGCUGUCACAGCUGGAGCUGCUCGCCGAGCUGCUGAACGAGAGCAAGCGUGAGGCGGAGCAGUAUCAGGCCUUCAAGGAGAUGCUUGGCCACAUAAGCGGCACAUUUAAUACACGCUCCCUCAACAGCGUCAGCGACAGCUGCGGAAAUCGGGCCCGCUAUCUGCUCCGCGAGGACAAUGUCACUCACAUGGAGUUCAACCAGGCGGGCUUCAUAGUCAAGUGCAAGCAACGACGUCUGCUGCUGCUCAACGACAAGGUCAUCUGCGUGUCCGUGGCGCCCAAGCAAUCCCAUGACUUUGGUGCCACCGAGAAGCUCACCUUCAAAUGGAUGUUUCCCGUCAACGAUGUCGAGAUUGUGGACAACAGCGCAUCCGCAACAUUAUCUAGAAUUCUUACAGCAGGUCUGAAUCGUGGAGGCAGUCUCAAGUCGAAUGGCAGCACUGGAAAUACCACCGCCGGCGGCUAUGCAAAUGCAACGCUCUCCGGCCAUGGUCAGGGUGGACUGGGCUUGGGAUCGCCCUUUGUCAGCGGAGAUUCGCAUAGCUCGCCAGCCGCACAGCUCACAAACGGAGCGGAUAAUCUGUGCAAUGAGAUGAGCACGCUGAUGUACGACUACGAAGUGAUAUCGCGCAUACACGACCUGGUCGGCACACUUAAAGGCAGCUACAAGGAACUCAACUUGAAUACUACGCGCAAUGUGCUCAAUACCAUACAGGGCUCCAUUCAGCGCAAGGAUGAGGAGAUGGCCUGGGUGGACUCCUGCUGCUUGCAACUAAUUGGUCGCCACAAGUCCGGCAAGGAGGAGACCUUCACUUUCCAAACGCAGACACCAAAUGUGAAGAAGGAGUGGAUCACUGAGCUGCGGCUCGCUCAGCUGGCUCUCGAUCCAAACAACUCACCCGCCUGGGAACGCUCUUUCUCCGGCUCGCAACCACAUCAUGCACAUUCACAUCACCAACAUCCCAAUGCCCAUACCCUGCAAUCGCCCGGAAGUCCGCAGGCCACGCUGCACACCUACGAGCAGCAGCAGCUGCAGGAAGCUGUCCAGCAGAAGCAGUCGCGCAAGAUGCCGCUCUUUGUCAAGGCGAUGCCCGUUUACCGGUCACAGCAUCAAACGGAGGUGCGCUGUGGAUGCUACUACAGCAUCGCCAAUGACACAAAGCAGAGCGGGAACGCGCGACGCCGGCACAAGCAGCUGAACUAUCUGUGGAUGUGCAGCAGCGAUGGCACUUCGUCGCAUAUCACCGUGCUGGCCCAGCACCCACAGCAAGCGGGCAAUUUGCGGGAGGCAGGCUGCUUUGAUCUGGUGGAGACGCAGGUGUCGGCGCUGGAGUUUGUCAAGGGGCUGGACCAGUGCCGCACACGGGAAGAGCACAGCAGCCUUUUGGGCGAUCUCGUUUGGCUUGGCACGGACAGCCGCAAGCUGCUCAUCUAUUCGGCCCGCAAUCCGGAGCAGGAGGAGCAGCUAGGCAGCUUUGCGGUGCCGGGCGCUGUCCAACGCAUUCUGUAUCACUUCGAUGCCGUCUUCGUGUCACUCUCAAAUGCCACCGUGCUGAUCUAUAGGCGUGCCCAUGACGGUGUCUGGCAGCUGCGCGAUCCCCAGCAGGUGACACUGGGCGAGUCUGGCAUGUCUGUGCCGAGCAUGUUGCCAAUCAACAUGAAUAUCUACGCAUCCUGCGGCAAUCGCGUCUACGUGCUCAACGCACUCAACGGGGAGCUGCAGCGCAGCUUUGAGGUGCAGCACGGCGCCAGCCAGCAGGUCAAUCUAAUGGCGCACUCGGGCAUCGGGCUCUGGAUCUCGCUAAAGAACUCGACAAUGCUCUGUCUCUACCACACCGAGACGUUUAAGCAUCUGCAGGACAUAAAUAUCGCCUCCAGUGUGCUGCGCAACGAUGCUAAAAAGGAGCAGCCGCUAAACAACAGCUCAAUAUAUGUGACUGCUCUAAUGGCUUGCAAAGGUCUGCUCUGGGUGGGCACAAAUGUGGGCAUCGCUGUUACCAUACCGCUGCCCCGGCUUGAGGGCGUUCCCAUCAUCAGUGGCGGCAUUAAUAUGUCCUGUCACGCCCACUUCGGUCCCAUCACGUUCCUCCUGCCGCUCAUACCGAAAGUUUAUCCAGCGUACAAACCGACAGCCGCAGCAACAAUGUCAGCACCGCUGGUGCCCAGUGUGCCCAGCAUGGGCGAGGAUCUGCAUUUGCCCGCCAUCGAUGCGGAUCCCAAAAAGCUGACCGAAACGGACCUAGACGAGAGCACAGUCAUUUUACGUCGUGACCUACCCAAAGAGGAGCCCGGCUCAACAUCCGGUUCAACAGCUGGCUCGACUACGCCUGCAACUUGCAUGCUGCGUGAGCCAAGUGUCGAGGCAACACCGGACUCCAACGUGGCAACGCCCGCCUCGGCUGCAUCCUCACCGCGCAGCUCCAAGUUGGACAAGCAGCACUCGCUAGACCAGAGCUUCACCGCCAAGAUUCGCGCAUCGCUGGCUAACUCGCCUGCAUUCCAUCGCAAACGGUUCCGGGAUUUGGGUGCCGGCGCUGGUGAUGCCGGUUCGCGCAUGUCCAAGACGCUACCGCGUGGCCUGGGCUCAGCAGCGGCUGGAGGCACCGGAGUCAUCGGAGUGCACUCAAAUGCGACCGCACUGUCGCAGCAUGGCGAGCACGGCUACUGCGAUGUGUAUGGGCUGUACGGAAAGUUGAUCUUUGUCAAGGAGAAUUACGAUGCGGAAGAGGGCACCCAGGGCAACCUCAUGGACAUGAUGUACGAGGGCAUGCGACGCUCCGAUCCCGAGCUGGCUGCCAUACCCGGCAAGGUGUGCACCCUGGACCGGCGUUUGCGUAUGAAGGCCUCGCGACCGCGCUCGCUCGAUCUGUCCAAUUGGUCGGUGGACUCCAAGUCGUCCAGCUUAUAUACGUCAUCGGGCAGCGAGGAGAGCAUGGGCAUACGCCUCUUUGGCGGACGCUCCGUUUCCCGCAACAGCAGCAGCGCCAGCCACAAGACGUCUGGCACUGGCAGCGACCUAGGCAACAUAUCGGAGAACGGUCUCAUGACCACCGCCGAUAUACACCAGCAGCACCACCAUCAUUUGUCCAACAGCACGCCCAAAUCCGAGGACGGUUUCAAGCACAUGCACGCUCAGGCAAAUGCCUCUGAUAAGCAGGCCGCGCCGGCGGCCGUGGCCACAUUGAAGCGCAAACAAAAGCAGAACUCGAAGCAACAGCAGCAGCAGAAUGCGGACGGACCGCGCACCGUUAUCACCCUGAUGGGGGGACGUGGCUACUGGCGACAUGUCUGGUACAAUACCAGCGGCAGCUCGCCCGGUCAGAAGGGCGCCUCCGGUUCGUGUGGCAACGCUGGCGCAGCCUCCGGAACGGGCGGCGGCUCCGGCAGCUUUUCUCCGCUGACGGCCAAUUCAAACGACGCGCACAUCGUCGUCUGGGAGAAGAAGUUAUAAUCUCAGGAGUUGGUGUGCUGCUGCACGUUGCAGCAGCACCCGCACCAGCACCACCCGCCGUUGACCGAGCUCUGGCGACGCGUCGGCGAGCAGCGUCGUGGACGCGUCCGUUUCCGUGGCACGUUCACGCAGCGCGAACGCGAACGCGACCGCAGCGCGUCGGGUCUCAGCAGCUGCAACUGGCGGUCGGAUGGUGAGCGGCUCGCGAUGGCCAGCGGCAGCGGCAUGCUCAGCGCCAGCCUAAAGCGACUCACCAAGCUGAAGCGCGGCGGCAGCCUGAAGGAGUUCUAGUGAGUCCCCCCUCCCACCACCCCCACAGUCCAAUUGAUGCGGUGCCACUAAUUGCAGCACGGGACAUCGUUUGCCAAAUGUAUAUAAAUAACCAUCUCAUGUGUACUUUAUAGUGUUAGGCUAGGCUUAAACACGAGCUUGGGGCUAUAUAUGUUCAUGGCUGGAUAUGCCAUGAGUAGCUUAAAGCACCUUUUUGUUUAUUCAAUUUGAUAUAUCGAAUAUAUAUAUUUAUACGUAUAUAUGUAUACAUUACUAUAGCUAAUCUUUGGAGCAAAGAGCUACGCCUUAUUUAAUUUUUUUUUUGUGCUGCUCUUAUUUUUUUUUCUAAGUAUAUAAACGUUAGAAUUAAGUAAACAUUUUUUUUUUAUAUCAAUAAUAUAAAAUUUAUAUCCAAAUAUGCAUUUUAUUGCUAUAGCAUUUAAGAUGCACGUGAAACAAGCUAAGUUAAACAAAAAGAUGGAGCAGGGGGGACUUUAAUAAUAAUUAUAAUAAAAAAUAAUACAAAUAAAUACAUAGCGGCAAAGCCAAGCAGCACACGAUGUUGCAUGUACAAUAAGUAUUAGUUUAAACGAUAAAACUGUUAAACGGCGACAGACACAGAUCGGCAUAGAUAGUUAGGCAAAAAAACCUAGCGAAAAUCUAUAGAAACCAAUUCAA